UCAAUAUGUAAUUGCACAGUAUGAUUUUGCCCCUAUGAGUGACCGUGAUCUGCCUUUGACUGUAGGAGAGAAGUUUGAGGUCUUCUUCAGUAAUGGGGAUUGGUGGUUAGCAAAAUCCCUUACUACUGGAAAGAUGGGCUACAUUCCUAGCAAUUUUGUGGCCUACAUCAACAGCCUGGAAGUAGAAAAAUGGUUUUUUAAAGGCCUUAACAGAAAAGAUGCUGAACGCCUUUUGAUGGUGCCAGACAAUAAAGUAGGCUCAUUCUUGAUAAGGGAAAGUGAAACUGUUCCAGGUGCCUUUUCACUGUCCAUCAGAGACUUCUCUUCCCACGGGGAUGUUGUCAAGCAUUACAAAAUCUGCACAAUGGACCAAGGGGGAUGCUAUAUCUGCCCCUCAAUUACAUUUCCUUCUCUGCAGAAGCUUGUUAAGCAUUAUUCCACUAAUGAGAAUGGUUUGUGCCAGAGGCUAAGAUAUCCAUGCAAGUCUCUGACUCCACAAAUACCCUGGGCUGCUGAUGAAUGGGAAAUCCCACGAGACACCAUAAAACUCAUCAAGAAGCUGGGAGCAGGCCAGUUUGGUGAGGUGUGGAUGGGCUAUUACAAGAAUAAUGUGAAGGUGGCAGUCAAGACUUUAAAAGAAGGCAGCAUGUCCCCUGAUGCCUUUUUGGCAGAGGCCAACUUGAUGAAGAGACUUCAGCAUAACAAGUUGGUUCGAUUGCAUGCGGUGGUGACCCAGCAGCCAAUUUACAUUGUAACGGAGUACAUGGCCAACGGAUGCCUGCUGGAUUUCUUGAACAAGCAAGGGAAGAAACUCUCUCUUCCAAAAUUGAUAGAUUUCUCUGCUCAGGUUGCUGAAGGGAUGGCAUACAUUGAGAGAAUGAACUCGAUCCACAGAGACCUCAGAGCAGCCAACAUUCUGGUCUCAGAAUCCCUUUGCUGCAAAAUUGCUGAUUUUGGUCUGGCUAGAAUCAUAGAGAAUGAAUACCUUGCACAAGAAGGUGCCAAAUUUCCUAUCAAAUGGACAGCACCAGAGGCAAUUAACUAUGGACUUUUCACAAUUAAAUCUGAUGUCUGGUCCUUUGGAAUUCUUCUCACUGAAAUUAUCACCUAUGGACAGAUUCCCUAUCCAGCUAUGGUGAAUCAUGAUGUUAUCAGACAUCUAGAACAGGGCUACCGGAUGCCCCGUCCAGAAUCUUGUCCUUCUGAACUCUAUGCAAUUAUGUUAAAAUGUUGGCAGAACAACCCGGAAGAAAGACCUACAUUUGAAUACCUCCAGUCUAUCCUUGAAGACUUUUAUACAACCACAGAAAAACAGUAUGAAUCUGAGCCCACUACUACCUGACCCAUAUUCAUCAAAGCUGAAGGGGGUUUUUUUUAAUCACAGCAUGAAAUAGUGGGGGAGAACAUCCUCUUAGCUGGACUUUGCAAAGUUGUUCCCAAUCAUUUCAG